AUGUUUCUCUCCAUUUUUCUCUACUGGACAGAUAAUUCGGGUCAUGAUCUGUUAGCAUUCUACGAUUAUCUAGUUAAAUGUAUACGUGAAAAAGAUGACCAGACAUUAAUAUUUUUUGAACCUGUACCAUAUGCAAUAUUUUUCCCAUUCGUCAACGGAAUACCCGGAACUGGUAUACAACGUGUCCCUGGAUCACUAGAAGAUGGAGUGGCGAAAAAAAAAGCGUGCUAUCUUACCAUUAUUACUGUUGGCUGUUACAAACAUCACCCGAGGGAAAUAUGCCAUCCUGGAAAAAAUUUAUCUGUGACGACAUUCUCAUGCAAUAUGCAUUCGCGAAUAUAA